AUGGCCACGCCCAACGUGUCAUCGGAGAUGGCGCAAUUCUUCGAUUUCGGAGAAGCUGCCAUGCCUGAUACAAUCCAGGAUGUCUUUUUCGAUUUCAUUCACACCCUCCAAUUGCCGGCUGCCCUGCUAACGGACCUUAGCUGUCUUUGCCAUGAAUCACAGGAUGUUCAAACUUCACAAGAUCUUAUUGCAGGGACAGCAUCCGAUGCUGCCGUCCCCUCUGGACCGGAGUGGAACUCAGACUUUUCCAGUUGGAUUCCCACAUAUUCCAAGCCUGCAGACCCAUGCGACUAUUGCCGCUCUCGAUCUCUUGAAUGUUUUAUCUACAACACAGGAGGAGGCGUUCAGUCUGCUUGUUCCCCGUGCAAUGCGUUAUUCCGACCAUGCAGCUUCAGCGAGCCAGAGAAGAUGGUCAUGCAGAAUAAGAGGACGGCUAUCGACACAUUAGCCUCACUGCCCGAGGACAUUGCGCGUAACUUCGGUACUCUGACUGGCAGGAAGCCAUUACGGUCCUUGGGUCACGUGGGCCCUAUUGAGGAAUUCGUUGAUCCUGAUAGCGAUAAGACCAAGAGGGGGGCUUCUGCUGCACGAUUCCCUCGAGGCGCCGUCAAGGUUCUAAAGGAAUGGAUGAAUCAGCAUCGCGAUCAUCCUUAUCCUACCGAGGAAGAGAAGGAAACAUUGGGGCUCCUUACCGGCCUAUCAAUGAAUCAGAUAUCGAACUGGAUGGCCAACACUCGGCGAAGGCAGAAGAAUAGGCCUAAACGAAGUGCUUCCCCAAGCAUCAGACCAAACACACAACCGAUGAACAUUCCUGAUGGCCGAACAUGGGACGAAAUGAAUCCAUUCGAGCGAUGGAAGCACUCGCCCCCCGAGAACGAACCGGCCCCCUUGACAGCCAUUGCCAAAGCCGUCGAAACGUUCGAUCCCCCACAGCCAGAUAGUCUCUCCAGCAGCUACAACGGACGCAGUCGUAAAGGCAACUCGAGCGGAAGUACGGGAAGCUUUUCACUCUUCAAAGCGCCUUCCACAACAUCACUGGAGACUGGCUUUACAAACAUGUCCUCGGGAUCACUUCAGUCACACGGGACUGCUUGGUCACACGGGUCACGCAACUCUUUCGGGUCUCUCACCAGUCUCAACUCGCAGAAGGAGAGGCGACGACGACGAAAGAUGCCUACACGAACUCCGAAGCUGGAUCUGAGCGCCGCACCUCGUCCCUUCCAGUGCACUUUCUGCACCGAUACCUUCAAGAACAAGUACGACUGGUCCCGCCACGAAAAGUCCUUGCAUUUAUCACUCGAGAAAUGGAUCUGUGCGCCAAUCGGAGAGGUCAUCAUUUGUACAGCUUCCGGUCAACGAAAAUGCGUCUAUUGCGAUGCUAUCGAACCCUCAAAAGAGCAUCUGGAAACGCACCAUUAUCACGAAUGCGCGGAGAAAGGCCUCGAGGCGCGAACUUUCUAUCGAAAGGAUCACCUCAGGCAACACUUGAGGCUCAUGCACGGUUGUAAGAUGACCAGUAGUAUGGAAUCCUGGAAAGCUGAAGCGCAAUAUAUAAACUCGCGUUGUGGAUUUUGUGACAAAUCAUUUGAUAAGUGGCAGGAUCGGGUUGAUCACUUAGCAAAGGAGUUCAGGAAUGGCGCCAACAUGAAGAAUUGGAAAGGCUGCAGGGGUUUAGAUCCCAGCGUUGCUGCACAAGUCACCAAUGCUAUGCCUCCGUACCUCAUCGCGGACGAGUCCAAGUCACCAUUCCCCUUCUCUGCGGGUAAUACUCAAAGUCUCAAGCACCACAAUACCUGCUUGCAGCAAGACGAUUUCCAGUUUCUCCUCCCUUCAGAUUCGGCCAGUACCAGGGUCGACAACUUGGGUGACAGGUAUACGGAUGGCUCCGCCUCUUUGAGCCCGUUGGCCGUUCCUACCAAUACGCCUCAGCAUCAGCUCUCCUCUUCCAAAUCACCCAGCCCCCAUCCAAAUGCUACGUGCUGGGAGAUUCUUACCCUUCGUCUUGGCCAAUUUGCCCGGCAGUACCUGGAAACACACGAACCCAGCUCUUUGACUGAUGAGAUGCUUCAACAACAGGCUCGCUUUAUUCUUUACGAUAGCGAUGAUCCGUGGAACCAGACGUCGGCAGACAACGCUGAAUGGCUAGCCUUGUUCAAGAAGUCACACGGCAUUCCCUCAUCGUCUACUUUCACUAAUUGGUCAAGUCAUGAAGUCUUAGAAGAUCUUGGAAUUCGGCAAGACACGAAAUUGGACACAAGUUUCAACCUUAGUAACUUUACGAAUAUUGCUCAUGACACUUCCCAGGCCGACGAGUCGUUGGUAUACGAGUGCUUGUUGGCCGGUACACUGAACAACUCGAAGAAUGCCCAGUCGAUGUUCCGAUCUGGAACGCCUUUGACCUUGCCUGAACUGGCGUCAUCGACAACCUCUGGAGCAUCCAACUACCCUCUCACCUCUAACUUCGAGCUUCAAGGUCUAGAUGCACCUAUCUCUGAAUUGGGCUGCACAGUUCCUGGUGGACCAUGCAUUGGCGAGAAUGGCGAGAUAGGAUACGCCGUCAGCAGUGCUUCAAACUCGCGCAGAUCCCAAGACCUUUCCCUCGGCAACCCUGGCUUCCUGGCGCCCAUCCAGGAGAAGAAGUGCACGAAGAGUGGCGACCCCAUCUUCCCGCCAAUCCAAGAACGAGCCUGCGCCAAGUCUGGCGACGCCGUGUUUCCCACCCUCCAGGAAAUGCCUUGCACCACCACUGGAGAGCCUCUCCCAAGCCACUUCGAUAUGAUCGACUGGGACCAGCAAUUCGCGACAUCAGCACGCAUCUCGACGAGCCCGUCUGCCGGCAAGUCAAGCGGAAGCUCGCCGGAUGUGAUUGAGGGCACGAUGGGACAGCCGCAAGUCCUGCGCUGGGGCGAUCACCCACUGGACGCUGGUUUGAUGGACAUGGACUUGGAUCUCGACAUCGAUCUGAGCUCAGUGACCGUGAACGACAAUAACAACGGCCUAUACUAA